UGACUCCUUGUGUCAGACUCGACUGGUUGUUUGCGAUCCUCCUCCAGCGGUCCAGCGUGUUCUCCUCCCGGGAACCGACGGACACAGCUGCCGGUCCCGCCCCGGUGCAGAGCGCACAGGCAGCGCGGGGACUGCGGCACCGCCUCCGGCCGCGGGCCACGCACACGGGCCGGGCAUGGCGUCGCUCGGCGUGGGGCUGCAUCUCAUGCGCAGGCGGGGAGCGGGCAGGAGCGCGGCGGUGGAGAGGAGGAACCUGCUGACCGUGUGCAGGUUUUCAGUGAAGACUCUGCUCGACCGCUCCUGUUUUGAGACAAUAGAUGACUCAUCUCCAGAAUUCAUCAACUUCGUUUCCAUCCUGGAGCACAUCCUUAAUCAUCGGCUCAAAGGUCAGACGACGUGGUUUGGAUACGAGAGUCCUCGCAGUUUCUGGGAUUAUAUAAAAGCAGCCUGCAGCAAAGUCCCUCAUAACUGCAUCCGAAGCAUUGAGAGCAUGGAGAAUGUGCGUUCAUCAAGAGCUAAGGGCCGUGCGUGGAUCAGAGUGGUGCUGAUGGAGAAACGCCUGUCAGAAUACAUCUCAUCUGCACUGAGGGACAUCAAAACCACCAGGAGGUGUUAUGAGGACGGUGCCAUCAUGCUGGGAGAGGAGGCGGGGCUGCUGGCAGACACGCUCAUUGGACUCAACACCAUCGACUUCAGCUUCUGUCUGAAAGGGGAGGGUCUGGACAGCAGCUGCCCCGCCGUGAUCGACUACACGCCUUACCUGAAGUUCACUCAGAGCGCAGACAGCAUCAGCAGCGACGAGGAGGAGAUGAGGACUCUGGGGAGCAGUGGCAGCGAGAGCAGCACCCCCGACAAAGCGGCCACGGCCGCCUCCAUCUUCACCGAGCAGAGCAACUUGGUCAGCAAGUGCAAACGCUUCGAGCAGAAGUAUCGCAUGGCGCUGGAGCAGAAGGCUUACCUGGAAGAGCUGGUCCGUCUACGAGAAGCCCAGCUGUCGGAGGCCGUGUCUCAUAACAAAGCUCUUGAGCAGAACCUGGCAGACACACACCUCUCACACACACUGGAGAAGGAGCAGCUGGAGUUCAUCGUACUGGAACUACAGGACCAACUGACAGUGCUGAAGAACAAUGAUUUGCGGUCCAGACAGGAGCUGACAGCCCAUCUGACCAAUCAGUGGCCGUCUCCUGACGCCUUGGACGCCAACGCUGUUGCCUUGGACACGCUGCUGUACAGGAAGAGGACUGGACAGUGGGAGGAGAAGAGCUUCCAGAGUCUGGAGCAGCUCUCUGCGGAUAUGAGCCUCUCCCAGACGUCCCUUGAACCGUCACACACACUGAGUCUGGAGGCGAGGCUGGCCGGGACACAGUGGCGUCACCAGAAUAAAGAGGAGACUCCUUCUCUCAGAGGCCUGUGCGGCUCCCUCACCUCCGUUGCCAGCUACAAGUCUCUGGCCAGCCUGAGGUCCAGCGAGUGUUUGGCCAGUCCUGCAACGGAGGUCAGCAGCCCCGGGAUCACUCCUUCAUAGGGAAUGGUGAAAAAAAAACUGUGGGACAGAUGAUGCAGGAACUUUCUCAAUGUAGGUGAAAACUGAUUUUCUGUUUGUACGAGUCUAUGUCCCGUGUGCGGAGCUCGGAGCUUUAACAGAUGGACGUCAGGUCUGACAGCUGAGGAUCCGGUGUAGCAUGUUUGUAAAAUAAAACUCCGAGCAGCUCCGUCCGACUGAAUCACAGAUACACCUCUGAGUCCAAACACUGCUCACUUAGUCUCCCUUAGUGCAGACAGGGGAUCUGGUGAGCUUCAUGUGAUUCUUCGAUUGUGUUAGGUUUUUGCUUUCUAGGUGUUUUUAUCUGUGGAGCAUCAUCUGUUUUUCUGUCUUGGAAACAUAUUUGAAAAAUAAAAAAGUUUUGUGUAUGAAUUUCCAUGUCACUUAUAGAGUAAAGAGGAGACGGUGAUGAUGGAGUGUGUCCUCCCUCCUCUGUUAGAAGGUUUCACUGCAUGUUGAAAAUACUGACUCCAUCAGAUCAGACUUUAGGAAACAGAGGGUCAGUGUUUGAUUUUCUUUCUCACGAGUUCUGUCCUGCAACUAAAAGGUCCUUUAAUAUCCUCUGUGCUGUUACUGCUGCCACUGAAAACCAGUCAUGAUUUAAUCUACUCACGAUGAAGGCACCUUCACUUUUGUCAUAUUACGUUUUGCAUAAUGUCUCACGUUUCGUUCUCAGGUGUAAAUGUUCUUGCGCCAUUCUUCUUCUCAUGUGUUGUCAGACGUGCAUAAUGCAGUAACUCAUGGUUUGUUCUCAGGUAAUGAGCACUGUGUUUAAUAUCCACCCAUCCGCUCUGGGUUUAGCUUUGUACUGGAGUCAUUAUUCCCUUUACUUGUCGAAAUGCAGUAAUUUUACUUUCAUGGCUAGUUACCACAAACAGAUCAUACAAACUUAAAUUAAGACUGUGUUAGGACUCAGUGAUUUGAAUCUUUUCAAGAGAUAUGAGAAAUGUGUAUUUACAGAAUAUCAGAAUAAAGAAUAAAACUAUAUAUAAUAGUAAUUUAUCAUUGGUGACAAUAGCCGAGUACCUCAACACUGAGCUCAUCACUUUGCCUUUACCUCGUUGCAGCAGUCAUUUGCACAUCCAGAAUAUGUUUUAUUGGAUUUCUUUGCCUUUUUAUCAUUUUGAAUAAACUCCACUUGCUGAAACAUUCAAA